CCCCAGCACCGGGGUCCCGGGCGGGUCGGGACGAGGGGAACCCUCGAUGACCUCUUCCCUCACACCCACCUUCCCGCCACCGGAAAAUAACGCCGCUCGAAUUGGGUCCCUUCCUCCCCUUCGGCUGUUUCCAGCCUGCCCCCUGGAGCCUUGCUCCCAGCUCGCAUCUCCGAUGCGCUUCCUGUUGGAGGCUCCAGAAUGAUGCUUGACCCCUGCACCCCCCGCUUUUUCCCUUCCACUCCUUCAGCUAAGGAUGGUGCCCCCUGCGUCUUCGGAGGAACUGUGUACCGGAGCGGAGAGUCCUUCCAGAGCAGCUGCAAAUACCGGUGCACGUGUCUGGACGGGGCGGUGGGCUGCGUGCCCCUGUGCGGCGUGGACGUCCGCCUGCCCAGCCCCAACUGCCCCUUCCCGCGGAGGGUCAAGCUGCCCGGGAAGUGCUGCGAGGAGUGGGUGUGUGACGAGGCCAAGGAGCACACGGUGGUCGGCCCUGCCCUCGCAGCUUACCGGCCGGAAGACACGUUUGGCCCAGACCCAACCAUGCUCCGAGCCAACUGCCUGGUCCAGACCACAGAGUGGAGUGCCUGUUCCAAGACCUGCGGAAUGGGCAUCUCCACCCGCGUUACCAAUGACAACGCCUUGUGCAGGCUGGAGAAGCAGAGCCGCCUCUGCAUGGUCAGGCCUUGCGAAGCUGACCUGGAGGAGAACAUUAAGAAAGGCAAAAAAUGCAUCCGGACCCCCAAAAUCUCCAAGCCUAUCAAGUUUGAGCUCUCUGGCUGCACCAGCGUGAAGACAUACCGCGCCAAGUUCUGCGGAGUGUGCACAGACGGGCGGUGUUGCACCCCGCACAGAACCACCACCCUUCCCGUGGACUUCAAGUGUCCUGAUGGGGAGGUCAUGAAGAAGAGCAUGAUGUUCAUCAAGACCUGUGCCUGCCAUUACAACUGCCCCGGAGACAAUGACAUCUUUGAGUCACUCUACUACAGGAAGAUGUACGGAGACAUGGCCUAAAGCCAGAGACAGUGAGACACCUGAACGUUUUAGGCCGGCACUUGAAUCGCUUCACAUCUCAUUUUUGUGUACACAUGAUUUCAGUGGCACGAGUUAUUUAAAUCUGUGCUUCUAACUGGGGAAAAGAAAAAUUCCCACCAAAUUCAAAAUACUGUGCCAUGUAAUAUUCAAACGAACAGUCCGUCAACCCCAGACACUGGUUUGAAGAAAUUGAGACUUGACCAUAGGACUGUAUUAGUGCACAGCGCCAGCAUGUAUGCUAGGAGCAGUGGGAGGAGGCCAGUAGAAAGCCUUGUCAUCUUUAGGGGUAGUGUGACUGCUGUUUGGAGUGUCACUGAAAAGGAAAACUUUAGCAUGCUCACUGACCUGCCUAUAGCUCCAGCGACAACUUGGAUGUGCGUUCUCCAGCCAUCAUGAGGCUGAGUCAAGUUCGUCUUUAAGUCAGAACAGCAGAUUCAGCUAUGACAUUCUGAUUUGAUGACAUUGUUCAGGAAUCAGAAUUCUAUUAGACUGGACAGCUUGUGGCAAGCUAAUUUGCCUGUAACAAGCCAGAUUUUUUUAUUGAUACUGUAAAUAUUGUGUGUGUAUAUAUAUAUAUUUGUACAGUUAUCUAAGUUAAUUUAAAGUUGUUUGUGCCUUUUUGUUUAUGUUUUUAAUGCUUUGAUAUUUCAAGUGUUAGCCUCAAUUCUGAACACCAUAGGUAGGAUGGAAAGCUUGUCUGAUAAUUCAAAGCAUGAAAUGGAUAUUCAAAUAGAAAUUCUGGGCAGUUGGAGCAACAGUCCAUCCAAACAGGUUGUUUGCUGAAGGUGAGGCAGUGAUGUCCUUCAAAGUCUGAUCUGUAGGUUGGAAACAUGGUAGCCUCACUUUUAACUAACAAAUGACCUUUAUUAAAAACGAGUGGCUCUGUAUAGCUGAUUGGUUUUUCCACCUGGAAGCAUUUGUUUCUACUUUGACUAUGACUGUUUUUUGGACAGUUUAUUUGUUGAGAGUGUGACCAAAAGUUACAUGUUUGCACCUUUCUAGUUGAAAAUAAAGUAUAUAUUUUUUCUAUAAA